ACACACACACACACGUAAGAGUACUUACCCACCAGCCGGGUCUUGUAACGUGGGUUCCACUUCGAAUUCGGACCGAGCCAACGCGAAAACAUGAUGACCCCAAAUGAGACCGAGAAGGUUCGAAGAAGUAGACGGGCUUGAGCUCCAUUGAAACCAGGCGUUUUGCAGUGCACGUGUCCUUCAGCAGCGAUGGCCAGCGUGCGACCCGAAGCGGAGAGGCGGCGCGGCGGCGAAGCCGAGGGCCCCGACGGUGGCUGGGGCUGGGUGCUGGUCGCGGCCCUUUUCGUCAGCACCAGCCUGGUGUUCGGCCUCAUGCGCGGCUUGGGCGUCUUUUUCGUGGAGUUCGUGCAGUACUUUGAGGAGAGCGCUCAAGCCAUCUCGUGGAUCUCCUCCACCGGCCUGGCGGCGCAGCAGUUCUUCAGCCCGCUGGGCGCCGCGUUGUCCAAUGCGUACGACACGCGCCUGGUGGUGAUGGCGGGAGGUUGCCUGGCGGGGUUCGGCUUCAUCCUGGCCUCGCAGGCAACGUGUCUGCUUCACCUCUACCUCACCAUGGGCCUCAUUUCAGGCUUGGGCUGGGGCCUGGUCUUCACGCCCAUGGUGGCCACGGUCAUGGCGAGCUUCACCCGCCGGCGCACUUUCGCCCUGGGGCUGGCGUUCUCCAGCAUCGGCCUGGCUUCGUUCACGUUCAACCCGCUCUUUCAGUUCCUGGUGGAGACGUACGCUUGGCGCGGGGCCCUGCUCAUCCUGGGCGGGCUCAGCCUCAACAUCGUGCCGUGCGGGGCGCUCAUUCGGUCACGGCGACGGCCUCAGGGCCCAGCGAAGGCGGACGCAGAGGGCAGGUCGCCGUGCGGCGGCGUGCUGCGGCGGGUGGCCUCCUACUUGGAGCUGUCGCUGCUGUGCGAGAGGCCUUACCUCACCUACACCUUGGCCAUCACGUUCCUCAACGUCGGCUACUUCGUCCCCUACGUCCACCUGGUGGCGCACAGCCGACACGCCGGCUUCUCCGAGUACCAGGCCGCCUUCGUCGUGUCCGCCGCCGGCGUCACCGACAUCUUGGGCCGCGUGGCCUCGGGCUGGUUCUCGGACCUUGGCCGCUUUCGGCUCAUCCACCUGCUGAGCGUUUGGACGGCGCUGGCCGGGUUGUUCAUCGCGCUGCUGCCCGUGAGCACCCUGUGGGGCUCCUACGCCGGCCUGGUGGCCGUCAGCCUCCUGUACGGCUUCUGCGCGGGGGCGCUGACCUCGCUGGCCUUCACGGUGGUGCCGACCGUGGCCGGCGCAGAGCGCGUGAUGGGCGCGCUCGGGCUGGUGCAGCUUAUCGAGAGCUCUGCGGGACUGCUGGGAACGCCUCUGUCAGGGUUGCUCCGCGACGUCACGGGCGAUUACAUGGCCUCCUUCGUGGUGUCGGGCUCCUUCCUCAUCCUCAGCACGCUAACCAUGGCCACGCUGCCGCAUUAUUUCUCCCGCACGGAUCCGCCGUUACCGCCGAACGCGGAGGCCCGACGCCUCAGCUCGGAGACGGAGCGGAUGAACGCCACUCACUGAGGAGCCUGUGAGUGUGUAUUAAGCUUAUAGUGCGUUUCAGGUUGAUCGCGAAAGCUGAAUAUCGCUUUUUUUUUUUU